GAAUAGAGGUAAACAUUGGUACUGCGACAAUGGCCAGAAACGAAGAGAAGCAAUUUGGACGACUCAAUCGAUUGAUUUUACAGAAGGAAAAAGAAGAGCAACUAAAGAAAAACCCACCAAGACCAAGAUUGGAUACCUUGAAUGCUCCAGAAGAAAUCAAGAAAUGGAUCCCAAGCCUUCAAAAAGACAUUGAUUUCAAUCUUAAGCAAUCACAGGUCCCCUGCUACCCAGAAAGUAAAAUUCAGGAAUACAAAGACAAUGUCAAUAAAUAUGAGCGACUCUACAAAGCAUUCCUGAAGAAACUGAAGACAUUAGACCCCACUGCCAGUGAAGGUGAUGCACCUUGGAAUGACCGACCUUAUAGUGGGAAGAAAAGGCGUCUUGAAGAGGAAAGUGAUGAUGGGAAAAUAUCUUUAACACAAACUGCUGAAGAAGAUAAAUUUUCAAAGAUGCAAAAGAUUGAAACACCCCUACUUGAUCUACCAGAAAACAUGAGCAUUGUCAAGGAUGGGACAAAUGUCAUAAAUUUAAAUGUGGACAUUGAUUGUUUGGAUAAACCCUUGGAAUUCAACACUGUUUUCACCAAGUCAAACAUUAACAAAUGUUGCAUUAAGAAAGCUUUUUCUAACAAGUCGGGUUCAAAACUGAAAGAAGAGGAUGGACAUUGCAUGCAUGCAGGAAAGAGUUUGACAAAUGCCUCUACUUUAGAAAGUCAAAGCAGUUAUGAGGAUUCUAAAUACAAAAGGAAUAAUGUAGAGGAACUUGGCAUAAACGGGCAAAGUUUUGGAGAUAAAUUUGGCAUUGUGCACUUUGAUCUACAUGGUCCCAGGCCACAGUCUGGUGUUUCCAAAGAAUCAUCUAGUGCAAAGAUGAAUCUUUUAGGAUUAGAUUAUGAUACUUCAUCAGAUUCUGACAGAGAUAGUGAUUUCUGACAAAUAAAGUGCAAAUGUUGCGUUUCAUAUUUGAUUUUCCACUUUUUUAUAUAGACACUGUAUGUGUUUGUAUAUAUUCUGAUGCUGAUCACUGUGUUUGUCUGUGUCAUCACUGUCCAAAACAUACAUCAGUCCCGAUAACUGCUAAACUGUAUUUUCUUUUUUGCCAAACUAAAUAUUGUUGUUAUGUAUUCUGCUGUUUGGUGUCAGUAUACUUGCCAUCUUUGCUGCCUAGUUUAAAUUUGAAAUUUCACAUUUUAAAUGUUGAAAUUUAAACAAUGAUUUCUAAUUUCUGUUAAUAAUUUACCUCUGUCACCACUGUGCAUAUGUCGAAAAGUUGCCACCUUUCAGCUGAAUCUGCAAUACUGUAGAUUAAGAUUAGAUUAAGCUGAAAGUUUCAUGAGGUUUUCAGCAACACUUGUUAUGCAGCAUUAAUUAUGGCAUGGCAUAUUGGUUUUGUUGGAUAAAAAAAUAAAUUUGACUAAGCUCGUCCUUAAAGAUAUUUUUGUGAACGAUGCAGUUUUCCAGCAAUUUAUAGGUUUAAUUGUGUUAGUUGUGC